AAGUAAAAUUUUGGAGUGGAAGCAUACUGCCUUGCCAGCCAGAGCCAGGACAGAGUACUUUGUAGUCUGUGCACAGGUCUGUGUAAGAGCUCUCGUCUUGCUACUCGAUAAAUAUUCACUUUGCGUUUGGACUUGACUUCGAAAGCUACAAAAAUUCGCCAUGGCUGAACCUAUUCGUGUUGUAGUUACUGGAGCUGCUGGUCAGAUUGCCUAUUCUCUCCUCUACCAACUAGCAAAAGGAGAUGUCUUUGGUGAAAAGCAGCCAUUGUCCUUGCAUCUCCUUGAUAUUGAACCAAUGAUGGGAGUUCUAAAUGGAGUUGUCAUGGAAUUGCAGGAUUGUGCAUUGCCAUUGUUGCGAGAAGUUAUCCCAACAGCUGAUCCUGCAGUUGGUUUCAAGGAUGUAGAUGCUGCAUUCUUGGUAGGUGCUAUGCCACGUAAAGAGGGUAUGGAGCGUAAGGAUCUACUUGCUGCGAAUGUAAAAAUUUUCAAAGCCCAGGGUCAAGCUUUGGAUCAGCAUGCAAAGAAGACUGUAAAGGUGUUGGUUGUUGGUAAUCCUGCCAAUACCAACUCACUGAUCUGCUCAAAAUAUGCUCCAUCAAUUCCUCCUGCUAACUUCAGUGCUAUGACAAGACUUGAUCAGAAUCGUGCCCAAGCACAGAUUGCGAAUCGUCUAGGAGUACCAGUUAACAAUGUGAACAAAGUCACUAUCUGGGGAAACCACUCUUCAACACAGUUUCCAGAUGUUGCUAAUGCCACUGUUGUCACCGCAAAUGGAGAAACAAAAUCUGUUGCCGAUGCGAUUAAUGAUCAAGCAUGGUUGAAUGGUGAUUUCAUUUCAACGGUACAAAAACGCGGAGCUGCAGUAAUCGCCGCUCGUAAACUUUCUUCGGCCAUGUCUGCUGCCAAGGCAGCAGCUGAUCACAUGAAGGAUUGGUGGAAUGGAAGUCCCGAGGGAUCUUGGGUAUCGAUGGCUGUGUUUUCGGAUGGAUCAUACAAUACUCCUGCUGGAGUUAUGUAUUCGUUUCCAGUUCGCUGCAGUAAAGGCCAGUGGGAAAUUGUUCAGGGACUUAACCUUGACGAAUUUGCUCGGGGCAAAUUGGAUUUGACUAGCAAAGAGCUUCUUGAAGAACGCGAUGAAGCUUUGGCUGUGUGUCAAGAUUGACUAGACGGGGAUAAGUCAGCAGAGGUCUCUCAGUUGGCUCGACUUUAAGGGCUGAGAAUUGGUGUAGUGCUUUUCUAUAUUUGGAGCCUCCUAAAUUCGAUGUGAUUAAUAGUAAGCCCAAGAAGAAGAAAACAGUAAUGUAGUAUUGUUUUAUUCGUUGAAAUAUCUAUCUACGUUUUUUUGGUUUAAUACAUGUGGUUUAGUGGUUCGA